AUGUGCCUGAAAGGGACAUAUCUAGCUCUAUUUGGCACUAAGCAGCCCCCGGUAUUGGCAUACGAUCCGCUCCCCGGCGCACAGCAUCUGGCGACCCACGACCCGCCUGACCCGGAGAAGAACCAAGUUGGCUCCGCCUACUGGGCACCUAAACAAGGGCGGUAUUUUUGGGAAGAGCCCGGCUGCAGCGCCAAGUAUACAUCGAUGGGCGCCUUAAAUGUUCAUAUCGCCAAAGUCCACCGCGGAAUUCGGCAUCGUUGCUCCCAUUGUGGGAAGAGGUUCUCAACGAUUGGCGCCUUACGAACGCACAUCAAGAGUGCCACGACAAGAUUCGGCACCCUUGACCCUAUUGUGAAGAGGCGUUCUCACUGA